AUCCGAUUUUGGAAGGAGGCUCUUUCUCGGAAACCAAGCAGAAAAUUUCUGCUCAUUUGAGCGUUAUUUAUGCUUUUCCUGUUUUGGGUUUUUGCUUGUUAUGUGAAUGUUGUUGUUAACAAUGUGAUUUAGCCAAAAAAUAAAAAACAAGAACGAGAAGAUUGUUUAUUUCCUUCUCUUGAUGUUUUAUUCAGGUUGCCAUACUUGUUUGCUUAGAAACAGAGGCAAAGAAUAGACUUUUUUGUCCUCGUUUUUUUCUUAGAAUUUUUGGGGGUGUUAUGCUAUUUUUUUGUAAAUUGACAGGAACUUGAUCAAACUUUACUUGACUGAGGGUUUUGGUUUCUUAUUUAGUAAGUAACGAACCAUCAAAGACAUAGAAAUAUUUUGUUUGCAAGGUUUUGCUCGAUUGCAAGAAAAGUGGGAAUUAACGAUGAAAAUUUUCAAUAUAAUGAUUGAGUUUAUAACUAAUCCUACUUUAUAGCAUCACUGUUAGAUUAAAAACUUUUUCAUAUUCUUUUUUGAGAAAAGUUGAGUGAGUGAACACAGGAAAGAACUGUUUUGGCUCAUAUGGAAAUUGAAACGAAACUGGUUCUUUUUUUUUUUUUUAUUUGGAUGUUUUCAAAUUAUUGAAAUAUUUGGGAAUUUGGUGAGGUUUCCAUCUGUGUCUCUGUUCUUUACAAUUUCACAGUUUGAUUGAAAUGAUUUUCUUCUGAAGCAGAUGAUAGUAGUGCUUCUUACUGCUUGGAAAGGUUUAAUAGAUAUUGUGCUUUUGGUUUUUGACUGACAAUCAUUAGGAUCCCUUUUCCUUUUAUUCUAGGAUUUUCCAAGUGCAGUCUCUUUAAGUGCACAUUAUCACUCUAUGAUAGCAUGUUACUCUAGCUCACAUUUGGAAGUGCAUAUAUAGGACCUUUGAACUGCUGUAUAUAGGUACCAAAGUGAAAUUAGGGGAUAUAGGUGUGUGCCAGAGUUCUACUGGAUGUGAUGUUCAGUAUGGUUCAUUGGCAAGCAAUGAGAGUAAUAGGGAGAAAAAUUCAGUUUGUUUUCUUAUUGCACAGUUCUUUGUUCCCAAAAUAGGGUGUUCGACCUCUUUUAAGCCAAAUGGUUCUGCUAGAUUUAAGUGCAGUAGGUCGUUGUUUUUCAGGUUGCAAAUUAUGAGGCACUUAUGGAUUCCAAAUAGUCUAAGUUUGGUUGAUAGAAGUGCGUUCAUCUCUUGAUGUGUGUUAAUACAGUAUACAGCUGUGUCUACUGAUACUAUUCUGAGUAACAUGGUUCUGUAUUAACAAAUUAAGUAGAUGUCCCUGUGGAUAUUAAUUUCCUUUUCUGGAAUUUCUAUAGAUUUUAUGUAUCCUUUUGUCCACAUUGAUAAUACUCAUGUAUCUUUACAGGGUUGGUUUUCCUUUGUUUUCUUUACCUUUUGUAUUGCUGUGCCAUCGAGAUUUCGGAGAUAAUUCGUUUCCAUAUCAUCUCGUCAAAUAUCUACUUUUUUUUAUUAAUAUUCAUCAGUGAAAGGGGACUUGUGCAACUUGUGUGCAUGUCAUGAUCCUUAUCUGUCAUGACCAUAUAUUUACUGGAUAUCCUUUUGCACUUAGUAUCACUAUUGGAUUUUAUAACUGCAAUAACUAAUCUGACAACCUCAACUGCUGCAGGCUACAAUAUAUAAGAGUACGGAGGAGAAGGACGUGGGUGGUUGCUGAGUAGAAAAUUAGAUUUCCAUCAAGUUUAGUCUUUGCUGAUGGCUACAAAUGAAAGAGUUCGCAGGGCCUUCAAUGCAACAAGAGCUUUAGGUAUUCCUGAUCAAGAGGUGAAACCAGUGCUGAAGCACCUCCUGAGACUGUUUGAUAAUAACUGGGAACUAAUAGAGUCAGAAGACUACCGAGCACUGAUAGAUGCAUAUUUUGAGCUCAAGGAAGAUAAAGGAGUACAAGAUAAGGAAAAUGUUGUUGUGGAGCAUGGUGAGUCUAGCAGAUUGUCUAAACGAUUGCGCUUGCAAGAGCCGGAAGAUCAGGCUUCAUCUACAAAGGGCAACUCAACCCAAAUAUUAUCUCCUGAAGAGAAUCAAAAGCCUAUGGUAAACAUUCGAGAGGGAGUUACAUUUUUGAAUAAGAAGGAUUCAAUUUCUUCUGGGUGUUCAAAUUCAUGUAACAAAGUUCAGCAGCAGUCUGUUACUUGUGAAAGGAAAAGGCCCUUCCGUAUCAUCACUGACAUAACGAAAGGCACAGAAAAUGUGAAAAUUUCAUUGGUAGAUGAAAUUGGCAACCAGGACCUUCCAAAGUUUACUUACAUGCCUGGUAAUGUAAUAUAUCAAGAUGCUUAUGUGCAUAUCUCGUUGGCUAGGAUUGCAGAUGAGCAUUGCUGUUCAGGCUGUUCAGGAGACUGUCUUUCAUUGCAAAUACCAUGUGCUUGUGCUCAUGAAACUGGUGGAGAGUUUGCUUACACACCAGAAGGUCAACUAAGAGAAGAAUUUCUGCAAGCCUGUAUGUCUAUGAAGCAGGAGCCUCAGGAGCACCACUUUGUCUAUUGUCAGGAUUGUCCAUUAGAGAGGUCUAAAAAUGAGCAUAAGCCUGAAAAAUGCAAUGGCCAUUUGGUCAGGAAAUUCAUCAAAGAAUGUUGGAGAAAAUGUGGAUGUGACAUCCAGUGUGGAAAUCGAGUGGUACAGAGAGGUAUUGCAUGCAAAUUGCAGGUAUUCUUGACUGGUGAAGGAAAAGGUUGGGGUGUUAAGACUCUCCAGGACUUGCCUAAAGGAACCUUUGUUUGUGAAUAUAUUGGGGAGAUCUUGACCAACACUGAGUUAUAUGAGCGGAAUAUGAAAAGCAGUGGCAGAGAGAGACAUACAUAUCCAGUUACACUGGAUGCAGACUGGGGCUCAGAGAGAAUUCUAAAGGAUGAAGAGGCACUUUGUUUGGAUGCAACCUUUUGUGGAAAUGUUGCUAGGUUUAUUAAUCAUAGAUGCUUUGAUGCAAACUUGAUUGACAUUCCAGUUGAAGUAGAGACCCCUGAUCGCCAUUAUUAUCAUCUUGCUCUUUUUACUGCUAGAGAUGUGAGAGCUUCAGAAGAGCUAACAUGGGACUACGGGAUUGACUUUGAUGACCAUGAGCACCCAAUAAAGGCAUUCCAAUGCCAUUGUGGAAGUGCAUUUUGUCGAGAUGUGAAGCGAAAAAGAAAGAGAUUGGCAAUGCAUCGAUGAACUGCUGAUCGAUGGAUGAAUGAAACAGGACAGUUCUUUUCUUUUAUUCUUUUUGCCCUGAGAAAGAUUAAAAGUUCAGACUUCAUGAUUUCAGUGAUUAAAGGGAUGGAAUUCAUUCAAAGAGCUCGGCAGUCAACAAAGUAUCAUACCGUUGCAUGGACUUGCUGCCUUCACCUUCACAACAAGUAACAGCUAUCAUUUUCCAAAAACUGUAUAGCUAAAUAAGAACUACAGCAUAGCAAAUAACUGAAAUGUUUUUAAGGAUGUUUACUGUCAGGGCAUUUUUAUGGAAACUUGUUGUAAAGCAGGGUUAUCCUUGCCUUAAUAUGAGAUAGCUAGGUAACAUUUACUUGUGUUGUUAGGGACGCUUUUGUAGAUUUUAACUUUGAUA